AGUCAAAAAGUUAUGAAAAAGUGGCUACCAGUUGUCACUCAGUUGCAUUUUUCAGAGUUGACUCAGUAUUGCACAUUACCUGCAUUACUAAGAGAUCUAUCACUAGUUCGUGUUUCUCCCUCUUCGUCUUAAUUCUUCCUUUGAUUGUCAAUCCGUUGGCUUCAACUAUGGCCGAAGCGGUUCUCGGGAGUGUUGUGGAGUCCCUCACCGGACACCUUCUUUUCCUCGUCUCUCAGGAGAUCGGACUAGGACGCGGUGUCAGUGCUGAGCUCUCUACUGAUGUUUUGCGCCUUCAGAGAGUGACUGGAGGAGGUAGCCGGAUCCUCAAUGAGGUUCCGUUGAGAGGCCGGAGGAAUGCUCGUGAGGCCAUGAAGCGCUUUGGACCUGCUCCGGGUGUCCCACACCGCCACACCAAGCCUUACGUGCUAUCCAAGGGGAAGAAGAUUGAGAGGGCUCGCGGGAAGAGAAACGGCAGGGGCUUCCAGGUGUAAUUUGGGAGGGAUCCAUUUCAUAUAGUUCUUUUUUCUCUGGCAUCACCAAGGAACUAGUCAUCAAUCUAUUUCAGCCCAUUUUGUACUUCGAAACCAUUCCCUCUUCGUACCCUAGAUAGAAUGGCCGUAUUGUUUUGUGUAUAUUUCCAUGCGUCUAUACUUAUUAUGACGGUGUCUCCCGUGGGCGUGAUCACUGCUUACAUGUUUGACAUGUUUGAUACGAGGGAAUAGAAACGGAGUAGAUAGGAAUUUAGCAGAGUUUGUUCGAUUGCCAACUUUUUUCC